AUGCAGCCCGACGAUAGCGGCGAUGUACCAAUGACGGCGACUUUUCGCGUCAGUACAGCCCACGAUUUCCCUCAGCUCAUCCGUUCCAAUCGACGGGGUCGUCUCUCGGCCAAGGCCUGCCGCAUGUGCCGGGCGCGAAAGGUGAAAUGUGAUCUUGGCGACAACUCUAGCGAAAGGUCCUGUCGUGCCUGUAGACAAGCCAACAUGGAAUGUAUCUGGGAUGUGACAGACGGGCGGAAGCGACGCAAACUUCAUGUUGGACACAAGCAGGUUGGCAGAAGCACUGAAGCGCAUCCAGCUCAAGCUAGCAGAUCCCCGACAGACCAUUUGCUAGUACAGGUGGAUGCAGAGACGGGGCCCUCGGAUCAGCUUGUCAGGACGAGGUGCUUGCCGGACCUUGAAAGCGAUCCUCUAAGUUUGUUUGGACUUGAAGAUCCUGCAAAUUCGUUCGACCGCGGUCACUCUCUGAUGCCGUGGCACCAAGCAGGAAUCUUAGAUCUCGACAAUCAAGGUCUAGAUACCAUGGCCAUGUCGCCAGUGUGGCCCGCUGUUGAAGACUAUCUUCUGGACCUCGACGCCGUCACUUUACCAAGCAAUCACGAUUCGGCCUCAAUUGCCACACCCACCGCAAAGGGGCGAACGAAACAAAUUCGUCUUCGUAUAUUCCGACGAUACGGCCCAACCGCGGUGGCUCCGGGCUUGAAAAGACUCUCCGUCGCCGUAGGACCCCGUUCUGAUAGUAGCUCAAGGCCACUAUUAGAAGACCUAGGCGAAGGAGAUAUGUCGACCAGCACGCAACAGACACCAUCUUCCGCCACUUCCUCAGGCCGUCAAUCUGAUAUGAUGCAAGAUUGCUUCUACGGGCUACCUUUCGACGCUGUAUAUCGGGCCCUCGAUAUCUUCUUUCAGACCUUUGGCGGCCAUUUUCCGUUUCUCAACAAACAAAUCCUUGCAAGCCACGUUCACUCGAAGCAGGCAUCCAAGUUCCUCAUUAGUUCUAUCUUAGCCCUGACGGCUCGCUUUUGCCCGGCCGAGAUGUUCCAGUCGACGACAGAUGGCGAUUUAGAGCCAGUUCACGAGUGGUGGAGAGGGGCGCAGUUCCUCAAGGCCGCCAAGGAACAACUCAUGUGUCUCUUGGCGGUCCCUGCACCUGACGUGGUUGCUGGGCUUAUCGUCCUUUCCUGGGCCGAAUUCGGCAGCAAUAGUGGCGAAGGAGGUUUGUGGAUGUUCUCAGGCAUGGCCAUCCGCAUGGCACAGGAUCUCGGCCUUCAUCGCUCCGACACGACCGAUCCCGAUCCUCAAGCAGCUUUCUAUGAUCACGCUCCACCUAGUCCGCAGGGGAUUCGUGUCCCUACUGACGAACAGUCAACUCUUCAUCAACAAAAGUCAAGACUCGUCAUGUUUUGGUCCGUCUUCACCUUGGACGUCAGCGUCUCCUUGCUUAUGGGACGUCCACCCACCAUCAGACGCGCCGAGAUUGAGGUGCCGCUUCCGACCUCGGACGAUAUGAAACCAGUGUACCUCGACUUUGACGGUUCUCACAAGAUGUGCCACGCGAUUUUCCCUGCAGUGGCACGUUCCAUGUACAUUUUUUCUGAAGCUGUCGAGCUCUUUAACUUGAACAAAGGCGCCGAAUCUUCCUGUCCCCUUGAAGAAAUCGACAAGCUUGAGAAGAACUUGGCAGAAUGCCGCAAGCAGCUCGACGCUAGUCUUCUCUUCAGCGCGGAUACCUACGGGAAGUCUUCGAGUGAUGGACAUGCCGGCCUCUUUUUGAUGCUACACCUCUACUUCUACACCUUUGUCGCGCUCUUGUCAACCAGAAGAUAUCAAUCACUCCCUGCGCGUGAGAGGAGCAAGAGAUCUGCUCAGGUUGCUUGCCAAAAGAUACUGCAGACUCUGUCGAUUGCUGAAGCCAUCGACAGCAAAGGGUACACGGCGACUCCUUUCUUGGCAUAUAGCAUCUUUGUCGCAGCGUCCACCUUGCUGGAAGGCAUCGUGUUCGACAUCGAAGGAACUGGUGAUUUCAUCACCGUGGUCGAUCUUGCAGACGUCGAUUUUCUCAGUCAGAAGCUCCGCGAGAUGUCUCGCUUCUUUCACGGUGUCAAUGCAACUAUCGACGCUAUCGACCUGAAGAGGAGAGGUCAAGGACCCGAAAGUAGCAAUGGCACUGAGGAAGGGAAUGAUGUAGAACGUCAGUGCGUUAUCGAGCUUCAAGACGGGGGCAUCAUCAACAGGUACACAAUUCCUCCAGCAACUAACGAAGGAAACGAGAGCCUUUAA